GCGGUAGGAGGACAGAAAGCCGUAGAGGAAGAAUAACAAUACAAACCUCGCCGAGUUUAGAGGUGCAGCAGUAUGAUUCUGAUAUUAAUGCAGUAGUUUAUUAAUUUCUCUUUAUUUAUCAGCGGUUUUCAGCUCAGUGUGUUUAGUCUGGAGCUCGGAGAGAUGGCCUCUAACCCGCCGGGAGCAGGAUUUCAGAAUAAAAACAGAGUGGCGAUUUUAGCUGAACUGGACAAGGAGAAGAGACGCCUCAUACAGAACCAGUCCAUGAACAACCCAGGAGCGAGUAUCCCUCUCUCAAGACCGGCGGUGAACAAGGAUUUCCGGGACCAUGCGGAGCAGCAGCACAUCGCUGCCCAGCAGAAAGCAGCUUUACAGCAUGCACACGCGCACUCUUCAGGCUUUUUUAUCACUCAGGAUUCCUCUUUCGGAAACCUCAUUCUUCCCGUCCUGCCUAGGCUUGAUCCAGAGUGAUGAAGAAAUAAAAUACCAUACCAUGCAUUACAAGGACUCUCUGUUUGUUCAAUUCAAGUCUUUAAAAGGUUAUUACAUCCUCUGAUUAAUUCAUGUCACUCAGCAAAUAGACUGUUGUGUAUACUGAUUGUACAUUGAUUUUUUUUUUUUUUUUUGUAUUUUACAUAAAAUAAAGAAAUUUUAACCAAA